ACCUGGUUUCUCUAUCACUAAUCUUGUCCUCGCAAUACACUCGCUCUAUGAGAGCAAUUAGAUUCAGCACCGUUUCCAGUGCCUCUGCAAUGACUCAUUGAAACAUCUUCUGUGCUGAUAAAGCCGCAUCUCUAUUCUCCACCACACACACACACACACACACACACAUACACACACACACAAACACACACUCACUCACACACGCACAUAGGACGUAUAGUUGGGCUGCCUUCAGUACAUCGGGACUGCGCUUCUUACUUUGGAUUUGCAGAGCAGGAGGCUGGACGUGGACUUUAUUGUGUUUUUCCUAUGUGGUGUGUGUUUCGCCUGAAGUCGGGACUUACAUAAAAGAGUCGGACAGUGGAGAUACAUGCUGAGGAAUUCCCAUCAAGCUGGAUCCCACAUAACCAAAGAGAGUCCUAUUCUGGACUGGGGAUUCGUACAGCACCUGCCGAUCUCCUUGCAGGCUCUCGGAAUGGGGAGCUCUGAGAAAGCUGCUUUUUUUGAAUGGGGCUCCUUCGUUGAGCUCACAGCCUGAGGAGGAGCAGGAAGCAUCUCGGUGGAGGGGCAGGGGGGCGCAGAGGACCCGAGGGUGGACCAUAACCACAACCUGCCAGGCCAAGGCUCAGCACAGCAGGAGCAUGUCAGCACCCGGAAGCCCUUCAUGGAUGUGUCGCUCCACAGCCAAGGCCAACCUUUUGCUGUGGAUGGGGCUGGCGUCCAUCUGUGUGGCGGCUCUUCAGGCCCAACAACACCCUGUGGUCACCACUAAUUAUGGAAAAUUGCGGGGAGUGAAGGUUACAUUACCCAAUGAGAUCCUGGGACCAGUGGAGCAGUAUUUGGGGAUCCCAUAUGCGCUGGCCCCAACGGGGGAGCGGAGGUUCCAGCCGCCAGAGCCACCCAUGUCCUGGCCGGGCAUCAGGAAUGCUACUCAGUUUGCUCCAGUUUGUCCUCAGUACUUAGAGGACCGCUUUUUACUCAAUGAUAUGCUCCCUGUGUGGUUCACCGCCAACUUGGAUACAGUGGUAACCUAUGUGCAGGAGCAGAGCGAGGACUGCCUUUACCUGAACAUCUAUGUGCCCACAGAGGACGGGGCCAACUCAAACAAGGCGCAAGGCGCAGAUUUCAACAGUAAUGAUGGUGGCGGUGAUAAAGAUAUCCAUGAUGAGAAUGGGUUAAAGCCAGUCAUGGUUUACAUCCACGGAGGCUCCUACAUGGAGGGAACCGGCAACAUGAUUGACGGCAGCAUCCUGGCCAGCUACGGGAACGUCAUUGUCAUCACAAUCAACUACCGGCUUGGAGUUCUAGGGUUUCUAAGCACAGGAGACCAGGCAGCCAAGGGUAACUACGGCCUUCUGGAUCAAAUUCAGGCUCUCAGGUGGAUCAAAGAAAACAUCCAGUCCUUCAAAGGAGACCCAAAGAGAGUGACCAUUUUUGGCUCUGGCGCCGGAGCAUCAUGCGUCAGCCUGCUCACCCUCUCGCAUUACUCAGAAGAUCUGUUCCAGAAAGCCAUCAUCCAGAGUGGCACAGCACUGUCCAGCUGGGCGGUCAACUACCAGCCUGCCAAGUACACACGAGCCCUGGCUGAGAAGGUGGGCUGCAACAUGCUGGACACUAUCGACUUGGUGGAGUGCCUGCAAAACAAGAACUACAAAGAGCUGAUCGAGCAGUACAUCACACCUGCAAAGUACCACAUCGCCUUUGGGCCUGUGAUUGAUGGUGACGUCAUACCAGAUGACCCCCAGAUCCUCAUGGAGCAAGGGGAGUUCCUCAACUAUGACAUCAUGCUGGGGGUCAAUCAGGGCGAAGGGUUCAAGUUUGUGGACGGCAUCGUGGACAGUGAGGACGGGGUGUCCGCCAAUGAUUUUGACUUUGCUGUGUCCGACUUUGUUGACCAUCUCUAUGGCUACCCGGAGGGCAAGGACACUCUGCGCGAGACCAUCAAAUUCAUGUACACGGACUGGGCAGACAAGGAGAACCCAGAGACCCGGCGCAAGACCCUGGUGGCUCUUUUCACUGACCACCAAUGGGUGGCACCAGCAGUGGCCACAGCUGACCUCCACGCCCAGUAUGGCUCACCCACCUAUUUCUACGCUUUCUACCACCAUUGUCAGAGUGACAUGAAGCCCAGCUGGGCCGACUCGGCCCACGGUGAUGAAGUACCGUACGUGUUUGGAAUCCCCAUGAUUGGCCCCACAGACCUCUUCAAUUGCAACUUCUCUAAGAAUGACGUGAUGCUGAGUGCUGUCGUCAUGACCUACUGGACUAACUUUGCUAAAACAGGGGAUCCAAACCAACCUGUUCCACAGGAUACAAAGUUCAUCCACACAAAACCCAACCGGUUUGAGGAGGUAGCCUGGACUAAGUACAACCCCAAAGACCAGCUCUACCUUCACAUUGGCCUCAAACCUCGAGUCCGAGACCACUACCGUGCUACCAAGGUCGCUUUCUGGUUAGAACUAGUUCCACAUCUCCACAACAUAAAUGAAUUUUUUCAAUACGUAUCCACCACCACCAAGAUACCUCCGCAGGACACCACCCCGUACCCUUACACCAAACGGUUCCCUGGCAAAAACAACUGGCCAUCCACUACCCGCCACCCAGGGGUCCCGCCUGCCAACACCAAACAGACCACCGACCAGCGCAAGAGUGGUGACCUGACGGAUGAGUCGACUGUGGUGAUCGAGACCAAGAGGGACUACUCCACGGAACUCAGCGUCACCAUUGCAGUCGGCGCGUCCCUGCUCUUUCUGAAUAUCCUCGCCUUCGCUGCGCUGUACUACAAGAAAGAUAAGCGGCGGCAUGAGUCAAAUCGGCGCGUCCCCACCCCACAACGCAACUCUGCUCCGACCAACACGCCAUCCACUGCCAACGACGUGGCCCACCUGCAGAGCGAGGAACUGAUGUCACUGCAGAUGAAGCAGCAGCAGCUGGAGCACGAGCACCACCACGAGUGCGAGCCGCUGCAGACCCACGACACACUGCGCCUCACCUGCCCACCCGACUACACCCUCACCCUGCGCCGGUCGCCUGACGACAUACCCCUGAUGACGCCGAGCACCAUCACUAUGAUCCCCAACUCGCUGGCUGGCAUGCAGCCACUGCACAACUUCAAUACUUUCGGUGGCAGCCAGAACAGUACCAACUUACCCCAUGGCCACUCCACCACACGGGUAUAGCUCCCCUGGGAAGGGCUGCUGCCGGAUUCCGUCUGGAUCAGCCACUAACCUUGCAAGGCAAAUAUGACAAGAUAAAACUGUGUGAAGCACAGACUCAGCAGAUGUUAUUUUGCUACCAUGCCUUCUUGAAAAGUAUAUACCGUAUAAAUUGAUCAUGAACUCAUGACAAUAUUCAGUGAAUGUUACUAUAGUAAUAACUCUAUUUGGAGCUAAGCUUCAUGGAAGGUUUCGAGGAGUUUUACCAAAAGACAAGGCAAACAGGGGAUGACUGUUAAUAUUCUUACAACACAAAAAGAAUUCAGUGUGACAAAGAAGCCUCUGCUGAGGCUUUUGUGCCAUAAAUAUAUAAUGGGAAGACAGUGGCAACAGUUGAACGUCUGAAACAUCAUCUUUUCAUGAUUCUUCAUGCAUCAGACACCUGACUUGGGCACAGAAUUCAACACCCCAGCCUGAAAUGUAUUUAUGAAAACUUUGUAAAAAAAGAAAAAAAAAGAAAAAAGGUAUAUAGUUGUGCGUGGAAAUUUAAAAAGUUAAAAAAGAAAACAUUAUAUUAAAAGAGCUCCUCCUAUUAUUGUUUUUUAUUUUGGCUGAGAUAUUUUGGGUUUUUUGAGCUUGUGCUUUCUGUUUAGGUGCGUGUAAAUAUAUCCAAACAUUCUCCAUUUUUUUUCUGAUUACAAUCUGUGUUUCAUUAUUUUUAUUAUUUUUCACAGAACGACCAAAAUGCGAACACAAUCUCAUCCUUGGAGAUUUGCACACCAUGGGUCUGCAGGUCAUCACAUACAGAAGUGUCUCGUGCAUUGCUUUGUUUCCACUCUUUAGACAUUGCAUGUCCAGGAAGAGCUUUACUCUCCAUUUUUAGACACGUCUCCUGUCUGAGAAUGAGGACUGAUUUUGAUCCCAUCACCUGCUGUCAUCCUGUUAUGCUUCCAAUAGUUUUCUUUGUGGGCUUUUUCUGUCUUGCAAUCAGCACUGCCUGAGCUUACAAUGUGACCAGCAAUGUAUUAUUUAGAAAUAAAAAAGGCAGUGAUUUUUUUUGUAUCAAUAUUAGUUGGAUAUGUUUGUAAAGAAAUAUGUGUUAGAUAUUUCAAAUUGUCAUAUGCUAGCAAUAUGUAAAGUAUUGUGCCAGGCUUGUGAUAUUUUGGGUUACAAAAGCAAGUGAAUGAGUGUAAAUAUUAAUGAUAUUAAUUAUUAUGAAAUUACAGCAAAAGUAACCAUUAACUCUCUUUCCGUUUUGCAUCCUAUUACAAAAAAAAAAAAAAAAAAAAUGGAAGUACAUCCAGAAGAUUUUAAGCUACAUUUGUAAAUUCUAUAAAAAGAUAUAUUCUUGCCAUUUGGUCCCUAAACCAGUCAAGAUAACAAGGGUUUUAAUGUAGAGUUUUAAAAUCCUUAGUUCGUCUUAUAUUUGUUUGCGGUUUUGCCUUAAGUGAUAAUAGAGAUAUUUCUGGCUGGACACCUGUAUAAACUUUUUCUGCAACAUUUUUAAUAAAAAAUCACAGUAUUUUCUAAAAAAAAAGAAAAAAAAGAAACAUGGAAAGUUUGGAUUUGUUUGGACGGUUAUGUGUGCAAAUGUGAUUAGAUGUAUAUGCAUGACAGUUAGAUUAAAUUGUACAUCUUCAAA